GCUAACCCCUUUUGGGGAAGCUUGCUCGGCAUCUCGCUCGACUGAUUUCGACUUCAAACUUGGUCCUCUUCCGACUGAUUCCUAGAACCAAUUGCGCCAAUUGAGCCUCAACCCACAACGCCUUGAGCACCUCUGCAACAUGCGGCCUACCCAGAUUCUACGAUCCGGGGGCGAUGCCCCCCUGGGCAAAUACAACAAAUAUGUUGGAUAUUGGGGAGAAUUCGGUGGUCGACCACAGAAGGGAAUCAUCACCUACGGACUCAGUCCCAACCGGCAGAACCCGUUCGCCGGUGCGGCACACGACGCGAUUUUCAACACAUGGAGACGAGCCAGCGCCCAGGUGCUCUAUAUCGCUCCCCCCUUCAUCGCUGCCUAUUACCUCAUGAACUGGGCCACCGAGCGGAAUGAGUACCUCAACUCCAAGGCUGGACGUGCCGAGUUUGGCGGCGAGGCCGAGUAAAUGGAUGUGCAAGGGGAGUCAACAGGGGCGCUGUUCGAUGACGUUUGUCGCAUAGAUGACGAGACUUGUAUAUCAGUUGAUCACGGAGGCGGAAUUGCAAGUGAAUAGAUCUCAUAGCGUUCUCUGCUUGGCCGAGUGUUCCCAAAUUGUGAGAAGCUUCCUUCGACAGCGGGAGGGAGUAUAAAUCCAAUAUGUGCUCCGUCACCCGUGCCAUUUUCGAUAUGCAGUUACCCGGUAUGGAGAAAUUGUCCUAUCACGGCCUUUGUAUUUGGAAGCAAUGAUCAAAUCGCGACUCAAAAAUGGAACGCGUGAGAUUCCGACAAAUACUCAAACAACUCUUGGAAACGCUCGGUAGAUCUAGAGUCCAGAACCUUCAUGGAAUUAUAAC